AUGGCGGAUCUUCCAAAGCUCCCUGUUCCUCACUCGGAACUGCCCAAGUAUAUCUUUGACCACAAAGAAAAACCCAUCGCCGAAAUACUGGAGCCGUACCGCCAGUAUGAAGCAAACUUGCGGACAGUCUAUGCCCAGGAUCGUCAGAAUCCAAUUCUUGAGGAUCCCUACAUCAAUGUGGUUCCCCUCUUCACUGAAGAUACCAAACUCAUCACGACACACGCUAGAAACCUCGAGGCCGAGUCCGAAGAGGAGAAGUCCAAGUACAUUAUGGCCCUGCCGGAUGAUAAGCGUCGCCCUCAUGACUCCCCCGCCACGGUGGCUGAUCUGGAAGAGUUUCAAAAGAACUUCAACAUCUUCUCAGAGUCGUCCAUGACUGAUAUGGAUUGGUCCAACGUUGUAGCUGCUGGCUCUUCUGUUGUCAACUGUCUUCUCCCCGUCCCCAAAGAGUUCAAUACGACCAAGCGUAAGCUUCGCGAGUAUUAUCACGAGAAGUACUGCCCUGCUUCAGAUGUCGAUCUCUUUCUCUAUGGGCUCAAUCACGAGCAAGCUCUUGAAAAGAUCAAGCAAAUCGAAAAAGCUGUCAAAGAUGCUAUUCUGAACGAGGUUACCGUUGUGAGAACCAAGUAUGCUAUCACCAUUGCCAGUCAGUAUCCAGUUCGACAUAUCCAGAUUGUUCUUCGAGUCUACAAAUCCGUGAGCGAAAUUCUCACUGGCUUUGACAUUGACGCUGCUGGUGGAGCCUACACUGGAGACCAAGUCUAUGUCACUCCAAGAGCUCUUGGAAGCUUCAUGACGCAAAUCAAUCAUAUUGAUCUUACUCGAAGAAGCCCUUCUUAUGAGCAUCGCCUCUCUAAGUACGCAAAGAAAAACUUUGAGGUCUAUUGGCCUGAUCUCGAUCGAAAGCAGAUCGAUCCGACUAUCUUCGAGAGAAGUUUCAGCAGAACACUCGGCCUAGCUCGCCUCCUCGUACUCGAAAGACUCCCUACCACCACAGCCCGAGAGACCUAUCUUGACAAGAGACGUGACGAGCGAGGCCGACCCAGGGUUUAUAGGAACCAUCAGGUCCUUCAUGGUAACAUCAAGGACUAUCACGAGGAUGAAAUUUCUGAUUGGCUCUCCGGAGAAGAUAUCAGUAACUACCACACAUUUACAGUUCCUUAUGGACAGCACUUCAACGCCAAGCGGAUUGAGAAGCUCUGCUAUACUCGAGAUCUUCUUCUCAACGCAGAAUGGAAUCAAUCUGAUGAUCGACAAGUAUACUUACACCGUCACCCCGCCUUCUUUGGACGCGUUGAAGACGUGAUUGAAGAUUGCUGUGGCUCUUGCCCGGAGCCUGUCACCGACGAAGAAAAAGAGGUUGCAGAGAAGGAAGCCCAGAUAUACAUCAAAGGCAGAGUAUCAUUCCUUAUCGAUGACCCUGGCCGGCAGCAAAUUGGCUCCUUCAACCCCUUGACCGAACAGGACUGGACAGACAUGGCGUACGUCGGCAACGUGACGAGACUUUGCCAGUCGAUUGUCGACGGUGAUGUCGACGACGUAUCGAAUUGGCUUAGCCAAGAAGACUCCGACCCAAACAAGAGAGACUACACUGGCAGGUCGCCUCUACAUCUUGCUGUCAUGAUGUCAACCCCUGAGGUUGUUAAGUGUCUCGUUGAGCAUGGUGCUCGACUUACUGCUCGCUUGGCAGACGGCAAGAAUGCUUUGCAUUUAGCUGCCGCACGAGGUGAUGUGGAAAUCAUCAAGAUUUUGAUGGAGAAGUCAAUCGAGAACGAAGAGGCCGAAGAGGAACGUCAGGACAAAAAGCGCCAAGCAGCGAAAAGUUCCAAGUCCGACGUCAAAAAGGAAGCCUCGAGAGAUGAGGCUUCAGAAGAGGACAACGACGAGUCAGAUGGUGAAAUCGUUGAUGAUGAAACAACUGAUGUAGAUGCUGUAUCCAUGACGACUGGGUCUUUUGUCAAGGUCAAGCAAGGAGAAGAAGACGAAGUCGAAGAUCUGGUCCCUGACGAGGCGCAAGACGAGCCGGAUUUCUUCAAUGUUGACGCUUUGGCAUGGGACCUUCAAUGUUCCCCCCUCCAUCUCGCCAUUGCAGAAGGCAACGAGGAUGCUGUCAAGCUACUCUGUGACUAUGGAACAGAUGCGAUCCUUCCCGUGAAGGGCAACGACGACAAUCGUGCCAUCUUGACACUGGUUCUGGCUUUGGAGCUCCCCAAGAACAAGGCGAAGUCGAUGGCCAAUCUUCUUCUCAAACUCGGUGCUACUUCUGCUCAGGCUGAUACAAUAGGCUGCACUGCCUUCCACAAAUAUGUUGAAUCUGGAGAGGAAGAUCUCAUCGACACGCUCCUGGAUAACGACAAGACCGGUAUCAAGGCUGCCAUCAACCAUAUGAUCUGCGAUUCAAGCUACUGGAACCCGGACACAGUCGCACCGAUAAACACUGCUGUUCAGAAUGGUGAUGUGAGCUUAAUAUUGAAGCUCCUGACUGCUGGUGCUGCGGCUCAUAUCAACUUUGACACCUGGCUGAAGUCUGCCAAGGUAUCCGGCCUGUCUGAUCGCCUAGGAAAUCUAGAGCAGAACCAGAAGUAUUACAAAGAGGGCGUCGAACAGCCGUUGAUUACCGCCAUCCGAUCUGGCCAUACGGACAUUGCAAUCAAGCUACUCGAGAACGGUGCUGAUCCCAAUUCGUUGAACACCGAGACACAGCGUUUGAUGGUCAACGAAUACCAGAGAAGCUACACUAAAGGACGAUCGGUUCUGGACCUUGUUCGGUCUGCAUUGAAGAGACUUCGAGGAUAUACUCCCGAGAAGAAAGAGCUAGCACCGCCAAUGGAAACUCCAGGCCUGGAAGAGUUCUUAAGCAAAUUCACUGCUGGGACAUAUUCACACUGGGUUAUUUCAACAGAAGUUGACGAUGCUAAGAAGAAAUUUGCUGAAAGACGGACGAAAUAUGAAAAACAAAUUGAAACACAUACAGAGCCUAAAGGAUUAUCAGAAAAAAUUGACGCAAUCAGGGAGCUUCUUACAGGCUUCGAAGCCGUUGAGGAAGCUCUCACAAGCCGAGGUGGAAAGACGUUCAAUGAAUUACAUCCUGAUAUCAAAACAGGUGGGAGGAACAACACCACGAGCUAUCAUAGAAGCGACGAGGAUGAAAAGGCUCCGAAACCCUUUGACUAUCACUUCUCAUUCAACAAUGACCGUGAUAUGACCGAAAAGAGGAGGGAUGCUUAUGUCGAACUGCAAGCGUGGGGUACGGAACAAGAUCAACCUCCUUUGAAGAUCGCUGUUUCGGACAACAUGGGCAACACUCCCUUCUCAGUAGCCUUCCUUCGAGGACACCAUGGAAUCGCAAAGGCUUUGCUUGAGAUAAUCAAGGCACAGUGGUCUCCGCCCAAGACGGAUAAAAUGCGGUUCAGAAUGGAGACUGGUGAUGAAGAUGAGGAGGACGAUGAAAACUCUUACAACUCCGACGAUUCUGGCGACAGCGAACCACGGAUUGUGUCAGAAAAGGUGCAGCAAAAGUUCACCAUCGACGAUAUCGGACGUGUCUCCAUGGAAGUUGAGUCUCAUACUAAGCCAUUGCAAGCCAUAUGCCAGGCUGUUCCCUCCUGGUUUAUGGAAAAGGGGCAGCCUAUGUACGAGAAGCAGUUUCGAAGUUUAUUCGUGCAUACUUUUGCCAACAAUGACACCGCUGGACUCAAGGCUCUUCUGGAUAUGGCACAGCAUUACUCAGGUCAGAAAUUUGAGGGCGAUGAUGAUGAUGACGAAGACGAAGAUGGUUCAUCUAGCCGCUUUACCUUCCCCCAGGCGGACUUCAAAUGGGCAGUUGAGCACGAUUGGGCCACUGCUGGGCGCGGUAUGGUCAUUAAGAGCACUGGUCUCAAAACCCCGCCUCUUCUCCAUGCUGCCCUCGAAGGUAGCGUAGAGAGUGUUGAACUCUUCCUUGGGGACGCUCCUCAUAGGAUGUACAGCGAAUUUGCUAAAUCCAAGGCCUCAAAGGAGGAUUCUCGAUUCAAGCACUUGAAGGAGAGCCCCGGUGGCUUCGACCGUGCGAUCUCCAAGUGGCUCGGAGCUGACAAUGAUCUUGUGAUUCAUUGCGCUGUCCUGGCGCAGCCUGGAGAUAAGGCUGACGAGCUUCUUGAGUUUCUUGUCGAGACUUGCCCGGAUUUUAUUGAGAAGAAGAACUCUGAAGGUGACACGCCUCUUUUGGUGGCUUGCCGUUUUGGACGCAUCGAUGCUGUGAAGAUCCUACUAGCAGCCAACGCCGACCAGUCUGCUCGGAACCAGAAGGGCGAAAAUAUUGUACACGCAGCGGUUUCUUGCAAUCCCAAGGCCCAUCAACUUCGUGAGCUUCUUGAUCUCCUCGACCCCGAUCUCCGCAGCCAUCUUUUCCUACAGCGGAGGAACCUGAGCGAGAAUGGCACCACACCUCUCCAUACUUGGGUAUCACAAGCCUCAGGACGACAGGACGGCAACAAUUCCCGCAGUGACUGGCGCAGAUACAGCAGCUACGGUUAUAACAUGCCAUACAAUCGCGACGAAAAGGAAAUAGUUUUGAUGCUCAACCUCCUUCUUGAGUACUCCAAGGGUGAGGAGCUUGAGAUGCUCAACGGUGCGGGAGAUACAUGUCUUCACACUGCGAUCAUGACGGACAUGCUUGCCGUUGUCCGGGUUUUGGUGCAGUUCAAGCCUAGUUUGCUCUACCGGGAGAACGCUGUUGGACGAACCCCUGCUGAGGUUGCGCAAGACCAACUCACCGGACAGAAAUUCACCAUGCCGGAUAAGCCCAAAUUGUAUAAUCAAGACCACGUGAGAGAUACUGUCGAGAAGAACGAGGAAAACUUCGUUCACGAAGCUGCUGUUGAGGGUCGCACAUUCGAGCAAGCGAGAGAGUUGCUCCAAGGGUUAGGACUUAGCGACACCUACAAGUCCAUCGACGUUCCCAUGAUUCUGGCUUCCAUGGGAGUUGAGGAGCACCACAGUGAGAAAAACAAACUUGAUGGUCGGACCAUCGAUGAAGUAUUGUGGGAUCUCUGCCGCACCGCGAUGCAGAAGCACCCUGGAAGUCGCCGGCUAGUGAGCCUGAAUGAGGCCAACGAUGUUGCCAAGAGACUAGGUGAGAAGUACUCAGCAUCGAGGUACUUCAGCGUCCAAGCUCGGGUUGAUGAUGAAGACGAUGAUGGCGAAGAAAAGGAAGCCAACAACACUAUUGAUUUCGCAGUCCAGGAGAUGAAGUCUCGUCUGGGUUGGGCUUGGAGAACAGAGUAG